GUCGGCCUUACGAUUCACUUCCAAUUGAUCCUCAUACACAUCAAUUCUUACAUUCAGCAUGCCGCCCCGAAAAAGAGCCAAAGUCAGCGCCGCGACUACCCCUCUUGCCGAAUCUCAACCCAAAACCCCCAUCGACACCACGGCCACCGCAGCCUCCCCCCAAACCGAGCAAAGCCCCAAAGACCUCGCCAACGACCCAUGGACCGACGACCAAGAAUCCCUCCUCUUCAAGAACCUCAUCCGCUACAAACCCACUGGUAUGCACAAGCACUUCCGCAUGCUCUCCAUCUCCAGAGACCUGCGUUCCCACGGCUACACCGGCAGCGCAUCCUCCCACACCCGCAUCCCCGGCAUCUGGCGCAAGCUAAACGCGCUGUACGACCUAGAGACCCUCGACGAUCGCGAAAACGGACACAAUUUUGCCGAAGAUCCGGAUCCGGAGGAUGCAGAUGACGAGGACCAGAUGCCGAGCUUCGAGCUGCCGGACGACGAGUUUGGCGACUUAAUGUGGGCGCGCCGAUUCCCGCCGAGCGACGCGGAGAGAAGUAGCUCGCCCGAGCUUCCAGAACUGCAGUUUGGGAGGGACGAUGCGCGGCCGAUAUCGUUGGGCCAGGGUAGCGUUGGGUCAGACGAGAAGGAGGAGGAGGUCGAGGUACAGAGCUCGCCGCCGGCGAAAAAGGGGCGAGCUGCAAAGCUGAGUGGGCGGGGCGUAAAGGGAAAGGCAGCGUCCGCAGGGCGCAAUAGCAAGGCGCAGUCAGCGGUCUCGGACUCCGUGGGAGAUGAUGAGGAGGAUGGGGAGGACGAGGAUGAGGCUGAAGAGGAGUCGGAACCUGAGGACACCAAGGGAGGCCAGAGGGCGAACAAGGUCCGGGCUACGAGACGAACGCGCAAACGCUGAAGCGUUAGGAAAACGAAGCAGGACCUCGAAACCAUCGCGAGUCUGGGCGGCCAUCGCAUCACGCAAGGCGAGAUUGACAGACUGCCAUAUGAUAUCGAUCGUGAGACACAAUCUCUUGUAACAUGUUCAACGAUGCGCACAUAUACCCCUGUUUACUGCCGACUAAACGUCGCUAGACUCAUAAUUAUCUCAUGUCCGUGGGUAUAGGCGCAAAAAUAUACCCAUAGUCUGUCUAUAUCGCAGAGUCCAAAAACAGCUUUGCGACAUAGCAAUGAAAUAAAGCAACAAUUGGAAUUAAUCAAAAGGUCUGUCUCCUCGUGUCUAGGUGGUCUGGGAUACUGAAUGUCAAUGAUGAUUGUGUGAAGAUUAUCAUAUAAGUUACAGGGAGC